AUGUCGGAGCUAAUGGGAAUGUCGACGUCUCUUGAGCACGUGGAUGCUUGUGUCCCAAUUACAGCCCUGAAAACCUUUGAAUGGGGUGACAAACUGUUCGUAUUUAAAGGACAAGGUCCCUUUUUCCGGGUCAUUGAUGACCAGACUGGAGAUGUUGUUGCUCAAAUCCAGGGCUUCAAAAGAAACAAUGUCCAUGGUUUCAUUCCCCUGCCCCAAAAAGAACAUGAUCGUGUUCAAGUGGUUAUCUGGGGUAGUUCUUCAGUUCGAACUGUUGAACUUGUCUUUGGCAAAGAUCCCAAUGAAGCCAUUGCGAUAUCCGCAGCCACCGCCGAAUUUCUUGCUCCGGACUGGAUCUUGAAUGGGUGUGCAGCAGUCCCAGGUGGAUCUAACUCGGUAUAUCUUAUGACUGCAAACAAUGCUCUUCUAGGCCUGAAGCUCUCAACGGAUACUGCUUCUAGCCAUUAUGAUGCAUCAAUUUGCAUGCGUCAAUUGACAACAAGCGUCAAAUCCAUUUUAUAUACGGGAGAUUUGGUCGCGCUGUCCGCUUCCCAUGUCCUGAUCGUGUCCGGUACCGCCUUUGGAGAGAUAAUUGUCUGGUCUUGUUUUAUCAAUGACAAAGAUCCAUCUAAACCAGAAGCAAUUGGAUCUAUCCAUCACUUCUUCACAGGACACGAAGGGUCGAUAUACGGUGUGCGUAUUUCACCCAAGAUCCAAUCUUUGAACGAUGGCCAACCCGGUCGUCUCUUAGCAAGCUGCAGCGAUGAUCGGACGAUGCGCAUUUGGGACAUAUCGGACUGUGAAAACAAGUCCGUCCAGGAUCACUCCGCGUACUCCACGGAUGGAUUCGAGCUUCGAAGUACCGGAUUUGGAAGCACCGCAACAGAACAUUCCGAGCUUGGAUCGGAAUCGUGCGUUGCACAGGCCUAUGGACACACAGCUCGUAUCUGGGCCGUGAAAUUCCGAUCAAUGAGAGAAAAUAACCCGAACAAAUUAGGCCUGGUAACCCGCGGUGAGGACUCUACUUCUGUGCAAUGGGAUCUGAACUGGGAGACAUCAUCACCUGGUAAUUCCAAAUAUCACCUUCAGCAAACAUCUUCGAUGCACUCUCAUGCUGGCAAACAUAUCUGGUCCAUGGAUCUUUGCAGCCGAGGUGAAGAAACCGUGGUGUUUACUGGAGGAGCUGAUGGCGCAUUAAAAAGCUAUCGUAUCCAGGAAAUAAACUCUCCAAAAAAGCCCGAUCCUCCAGUGAACCUGAAGCUAGCAAGACUCCAUGGCCCUAAAUGUUUUGGUUUGGUGGCACCCGACUGUUUCCUUUCUUGUUCGGUGCGCAGCGAAGUCCAGCUCGGGCAUUUGGGACCUGAAGAGUAUCCCGAAAUCGCAUGGGAGCAGCUUUCUGUCCUGGACGAUCUCUCCAAGUUUGCAACAAUGGCAGGAUCGCCUGAACUAGGACUAGCUUUGAUUGGCAAUUCCAAGGGUCUUGUUCGACUAUACAACCAUAACACGAAGUCAUUCUAUGAGUUGGUUGAUCUGGGCGAGCGGGCUCUGGGUUUCUUUAUCCUUGAGCCCUCUGUGCAGUCUGGAUCUUUUUCGUUUAUUGCGACCUAUCUCAAAGAUGACAAGGCGACAAUGGUGACUGUGAAUGAGUGGAGAACUGGUAGCCCACGAGUUGAAACCACCACAUUUUCACUGCCAAGGAGACCAUUCGAACUAUCUUCGGCAGGCCUAACCCACGAUGGCCAAUAUCUGGUCAUUGGAUCUAAGCUUGGCGGAUUGGCGAUAUACCGAGUGUCGGGCCUGCACAUGUCAUCGGAGCCUCUUAUGCUAGACCGGCGUGCACAUGGCAAGGAAGGCACUCAUCACAUCCAGGCACUACCAGCUGCAAAUGGGCUGCAAAACCCACCCUCUCAAUUCAUUCUCACAUGUGGGCGUGAUGGUAACUACUGUAUUCAUGAGAUCAAGGCCAACGGCGGCGGCGACGAAGGAUUAUCCUUUGAAACUCUGCAUCGAACAUCCUCGGCGCUAGGCACCCACUUGCAAGGGGUAUAUUUUGAUGAAGACACUGGGGAUCUUAUGAUAUAUGGAUUCAGGGGACAAACAUUUGUCCUCCGAAACGAGUCUAAACAAGCCGAUGUCGAUCACAUCCCCUCCGGUGGUUUCCGUCGUACUUGGACCUUUCACCCCGGCAUCAAGGGCAGCGGCGAAGCUCUUUUUAUGUUCCAAGAAGGCGCGCAAAUAUUGCCCGUCCGCAUUCAAAUGAAUCGCAAACGAUCUGUUCGAGCUGGUGUCCAUGGACGAGAAAUCAAAUCCCUGGAUUGCCGAAAUGCCGUUGAGGGAAGACCAGUGCUCUUCGCUACGGGAGCAGAGGACACCACCUUGCGUAUCAUGUCACCGUCUAAUUAUGCAGAUAAAGCGCCUUGGGGGUCGUUCAGAACCCAUUUGAUUCUCAAAGAACAUAAAAGUGGAGUCCAGCAAGUCACCUGGUCCAAGAAUGGGCAGUAUCUCUUCACUAGUGCUGGGUAUGAAGACUUUUUUGUCUGGAAGGUUGGAUUGCUCCCUUCUUUUGGCAUCACGGCAGUCCUAAUUGCUACCUGCCCAACGUCCGAGGUGGAUUCGGAGCUCCGCGUCACCAGUUUUGAUACGGUGGAAGUGGGAGAAUCCGGCUCUGAGGGUCACCUCAUUUGUUUGACCCUUUCCAACUCGAAAAUCAGGAUAUUCCACUUUUCCCCGAAUGAAGGUGGCCGCUUCACCCUAUUGGCCCAAGGGCGAUACAUGACGAACUGCCUGACACAAGCCAAAUUCGUGAUGAAAGGCUCUUCAGUCAGUCUGAUCACUGCAGCGACCGAUGGAUACUUCACUCUAUGGGACUUGACCAGCACCCUUGAACCAUUCUAUGCAAUCAGCUCGUCAGAACUAAAACUCAAGAAACCCCUCGAUGGCUCUCAGAUCUCACCUGAGAGCAUUACUUGCGAGAACCGUUACCAGAUCACCUCCAAUAGCAUCAAAGCGAUGGAGCUGGUGCAAAUAUUCGAUAAUGUCAAUGCCUUGUUGACUGGAAGCGACGACAACUCGAUGACGGUGUCUUUAUUGAAGACAUCGCCUACAAACCCAUACCGAAAUGCGGAAGUAGUGACGGUUUCGAUUCCGGGCGCCCACGCGGCUUCAGUGACAACUCUUCAAAUCAUCGAAUGCAAGAAGAGUAAGACUUCUAGCUCUGGACCCGAAACAACAAUCCUGACGGUCGCAACCUCUGGCAACGACCACAGGGUCAAGAUCUGGUCAAUCGCCAUCGACCCCACUCAAAUUGGUACGGCUGGGAUAAAGAUCGAUCUCCUGCUAGAUCGAUAUAGCUCUGUUGCCGAUAUUUCGUCCAUUGGAAUUCUUCGGGAUCCCGCUUCGGCAGAGACUCAGUUGUUGAUUGGAGGUGUGGGAUUGGAAUUGUUGCAACUCAAAUCGCGAUGA